AAGCGAGCAGGUUGUGGCCGUAGCCGAGCAGGUCGGCGACAUGUAUGCGGCUCACCUCGACGGCCCUGCAGGGCGCCGUUCUACAAACGGCGACCUGACGAGAGUCCUCCGAGUUUUGUGUGUUACGGAUCGUGUAGCUAAUAUAGCGUGCUAGUAGACCACUAUUUUUCCCUCACUCAUUCCCUCCGUAACUAGGAAUAUACAGAUACACGCAUACACACGCACGUACACACACGUACAGACAAACGCACGCGCGCGAGAAACGGAGCUUUGCAAGCUCAGAGCAUUGCUAAAGGAAAAGAACUACGCGGUCAACCUGCUGACCAACUAUGGAAACGCCUCCUCCUGCUUACCACUAUACCUGCCAUAAAGCAGGUUAUGCAUGCUGGGUCAGGAAAGAGAGAGUCAGUUAUACCGACGCCGUCCUACCAUUCGCGUCACUCAUUUGCCUUCGAACGAAACGAACCUAAGUUUCGCGAUAAAUUCAUUUUAUUCGAGUAGAUACCACCCUCGACCCGCUCGACCUUUCUGCCUACCAACUCGUCUUUUUUUACAUUUUUUUUGGGGCAACUUAUCGUUCGACCUAAAGUCGUCUCUAACUGUGCACAGUUAUCGUUCUUUAUCACUCCGUCACGUGUGACGUAGAUUCUUGGUAAAUUUUCUUCCUCUUCGAAUACAUUUUUCUUUUUCUCUGUCUGUCUGUCUGUCUGUCCGUCUGUCUGUCUAUUUGUCUGUCUGUCUGUCUGUCCGUCCGUCUUUCUCUCUCUCUCUCUCUCUUUUUCCCAUCUUUCUAUUCCCUUUUCGUGAUCGGUGAUUACUUAGAACGAUCCUGGUUCAUUUAUCUUAUCUAUCAUUGAGGAACUCCACGUGACACUGUUCUUUUCGAUAAGUAAGAACGAUAAUUAGAACGAUGUUCUUGUCUUGUCAUCUUGUUUUGGUGAAAAAAUUUGGUUUAGUCAUUGUCGACAGAGUUUAAAUAAAUGAUUAAGAGUAAUUAGGUGCGGGAAAGGAAAGUCGAUUGGACACGUUAGAAUCAGAAACAAUGUUAAAAUCAAGUUCGGCUUCUCAGCAUCUUUGUGAAACGUCCCUAGAGAAGGUUUUUGAGUAGGAUUUUGUUGAAUUUUUUAUGAAGUUUCUUGGUAAGAUUGUUUUUGGAUACAUUUAAGACACUAUACUUUAGUUGGUUAUUAAUUCUUAUAUUUUACAAGUUAAAUUUGCAUAAUUUACAUAUUUUUAAAACGAGUUUCUUUUUUUUCAAAGGAAGAGAAAACGAUUAUCUUUUAAAAAAAUAACUAUCUUCAGAGCUGAAUCUUUUUUGAUAAGGUCGGUAAAAAGAGAACGACCUUUAUUUCAAUUUUUAAAAAAGUAUUUCCAUCGAAAGGGAGUCAAAGAGACAAAUUUGAUAGGUUCUUUAUUUAACCCAGUUUUCGUCUUUAUUUAUAUUCCUUUGACGAGGCGUUAUCGAUGGGUCAGUUCCGAAGAAUCGACUGAACGCGGAAAGGAGGUUAGCGUGACAGUUCGACCAAAUCCUCUACGAUUUCGUAGUAUUGAACGGGCGCUAGUGGCGCUUCGGAGAAGCCGACAUCUCUCGGUUCCUUGUCAAAUUAUCAAGCUAAAUGAGAAUUUUGGCGGGAUUUUACAGAAUUUACGAAAUUAGGCGGGAAACGGAAUGAAAUCGUUAGUUAAGUCGAUUCAAGUUAUUUCAAAAGUGGCAGAGAUUCUUCCAAAGAUAGUUCGACCGCAUAAAUCAAAGAAAAAGGACGAUGAUCGAUUAAAACACAAUGUAUUAUCCUUUCAAACGAUUAAAAACGGAUCUUGACCAUUUUUUUCUUUUCUCUUUUCUUUGCAACGCAAUUAGCAGCGCGAAAGAAUCGAUACCGUCAUCCAUUUAGAAGAAAUUAUCGUACAAAAACAUUUUCCUUCACAUUUUCCUUUAUCCUUAAAAUCAUAUCGUAACGAUUUGAACAACGCGGCAUCUUUCCUAUCCCCCAUCAUACGGGAUUUUCUGGAACUAAAGAGGUUUAACGAAGGGGUGUCAAAGGGGUGACUUUUCGUUAUCCAACUAGGGAUGGAUCGGACGAAUAGGGAGGGGCAUAACGAAGGGAGAUACAUGUUCAAUAUGAAUGGAAGCAUCCAUUCUUGUAAAUGGAAAUCAAGUAGUAUAACGGGAUAAAAGCUUUAUCUAAGGUCGAAAUAAAGUUUAAUGGGAAUGUUAUGUAGGUCGACCGUUUCCCGCUUAUUCGGGACAAUCUCAUCAUCACUGACCUAGCGAACGCGCCACGCUGAGCUAUUUCUAACGCAGACGCUCUGUCUGGCCAGUACGUCCCUUCACCACUGUUUGGAACAUCCCACCGACUCGCUUUCUCUCUCUCUCUCUCUCUCUCAUAUAUAACACAUACACAUGCACGGACAUAUUUGAUACGCUAUCUCUCUCUUUCGUACGAGGUGACUCAGUGCUGCCACCAGGCGCUUCCUUCAAAAAUUAGGAACAUGGCUGCCAGGGAAUGGAGGGAGCGGCCAGUGAUGGUUGAUCGUGGUGCGAAAUUGAACGUUUCUAAAAGUCCGAGUAAACUACCAUUGUCCCUUGCAUAUUUUAUCGUGAAUGAUGUCGCAUCUAGAAAUAUUCGUGGUUCGUUGCUGGUAGUGUCAUUUAGUAAAAAGGUCGGUGUUCCGUUCAAGGACGCGACGAAACUGGAUAACUCGAAUUGAGACGAUCGAGCAGUUUGCCCGUUUCCUAAAAUUCUCAUUGAUUUGUCCAGUUGAGUUUAACAAUUCGAACGUGUCGAGAUUUAUCUCGAUCAUGUUAAUGUCUCGUGAUAGAAGGAAGGAUAAGUCGUUGAAGGAGGCCGGUAAACUCCUGCUAAUAGCAACGUAGAGUCACGCGUCUUUUGCGCCACCCAGCGGUUUUUUCCUAAAUCAGAGCAAAGGUUUAGCCUGUUAGCGGCCUGGUUGCGCUGCCCUCGUCGCGGAGUGAGUCGGCGUGAUCGCAACCGCGAAGAAAGAUCCAUCGUGUAAGGUCACACCGUGCUAACCUCUUCCACGCGUUUCUACUCUUAUCUCCCCUUUUCAUAUUCCCUCUUUCAGUACUAUUCUUUCUUUUGCAUUCUUUCCUUUUUCCAUCUUUCGUAUCGAACAAUUUUUUGCUUCGUCCUGUACGAAUUCGAUCGGAGAAAGAGAAAGAGAAAGAGAAAGAGAAAGAGAAAGAGAAAGGAAGAGAGAGAGAGAGAGAGAGAGAGAGAAAGGGAAAGAUAGAUCGAAAGGAGAAUGGGAUAGGGGAAGUAAUUAAUAAGAGGCGAGGGUGGAAAAGAAAAAGCGUCGUGUAUGAGGCCGAGGAAGGGAAGGUACCGGGUCGGGACCCGGUGGGUCGCGUUGUUUUUUGGGUGUUACUCGAGCGUGCUGUCGCAGAAGAUAGGAGUACGAGGAGAAGAGGAAGUUAAGGAGGAAGAGGAAGAAGAGAGAGGCGGUGGAGAAGGAAGAGAAGAAAGAAGAAGAGGUGGAGGAGGUGGAGGAAGAGGAAAAGGAGGUGGUGGAAGGAUUAAGAGGAAAGGAAGAAGAGGAUUUGUAAGUGGAAGAGAUAGGGGAAGAGGAAAAAGGCUCGUUAGACGAGACACCGAUAAGUGGAAGAAUAAAGGAUAAUAAUAGGAAGGAAGGAAGGAAGGAAGGAAGGAAGGAAGGAAGAAAGACAAGAGGAGAGGAAGAGGAGGAGGAGGAGAAGGAGGAGGUGGAGGUGGAGGUGGAGGAGAGUAGAGGAGGAGUUUACGGCUUUGAAUCGAGGAUUUGAAUGGGUGGGCCAGGAGCCGGUAGGGUAACAGGGCACGAGCUAAACGCGGUGCCAAAGAGCAACGUCGGUCACGGGGAUCGGAUCCUCGUAAUCGGCGAGCCACCAGCACCAGGCUGUCCUUGUCAUUCGGCUUGUCCGGCUCGCGGUCUAGCGCAAGGCGUCGUCUCCGCCCAAUCGCCGGCCUCGCCGCCGUCUCUCACCUCGCUUCACAUUGCCAACAACAACAAUUGUUCUAUCCUUAACGGGAACAACCGCAAUCGCAAUCGCAACCGCAACCGCAACAGCAAUACCAACAACAACAAGGACGAUUCGUCGAACGUUGUACCCAACGGUAGCAGUAUCAAUACCACCACAAAAGCUAAGGCAGCAGCUGCCAUGUCCUCACCACCGAAACAUCGCAGGGGCUUCGACCCUAACGAUGCUAAUGUCAACGAUUAUCGCCGCUAUCGUCGCGUUAAGACGAAACAGCGAUCGCUGCCGAAACUCAGCAGCCAGGACGAGGAUGGGCCGAACCCUCACACCCAAUACACAGGCGUCACGCACUUCGAGCCCAUACCGCACGAUCAUGACUUUUGUGAGAGGGUCGUCAUCAACGUGAGUGGAUUACGGUUUGAGACACAACUGCGCACGCUAAACCAGUUUCCGGACACGCUGCUUGGCGAUCCGGCAAGGCGGCUUCGAUAUUUCGAUCCGCUUCGCAACGAAUACUUCUUCGACCGGAAUCGGCCUUCCUUCGAUGCGAUACUUUAUUACUAUCAAAGCGGUGGUCGACUUCGCCGGCCAGUCAACGUUCCCCUCGAUGUUUUCUCCGAGGAGAUCAAAUUUUACGAACUGGGCGAGCUUGCCACCAACAAGUUCAGGGAGGACGAGGGCUUCAUCAAAGAGGAGGAGAAGCCGCUGCCGUCGCACGAGUUCCAGAAGAAGGUCUGGUUGCUGUUCGAGUACCCGGAGAGCUCUCAGGGAGCCCGGGUGGUCGCCAUAAUCUCCGUGUUCGUGAUUCUCCUCUCGAUCGUAAUCUUCUGCCUAGAGACCCUGCCAGAGUUUAAGCAUUAUAAGGUCUUUAACACGACGACGAACGGCACGAAGAUCGAGGAGGACGAAGUGCCGGACAUAACGGACCCGUUCUUCCUAAUAGAGACUAUUUGUAUCAUCUGGUUCACGUUCGAGUUAUCGGUGCGCUUCCUCGCCUGUCCAAAUAAAUUUAACUUCUUCCGUGACGUAAUGAACAUCAUCGACAUCAUCGCGAUCAUUCCUUACUUCAUCACCCUCGCCACGGUAGUGGCCGAGGAAGAGGACACGCUUAAUCUACCAAAGGCACCGGUUAGCCCUCAGGACAAGAGCACGAAUCAAGCGAUGUCCCUGGCGAUUCUAAGAGUCAUCAGGCUCGUCAGGGUGUUCCGGAUAUUCAAGCUGUCCAGGCACAGUAAAGGCCUCCAGAUACUUGGCCGUACUCUGAAGGCCUCUAUGAGGGAGCUCGGUCUGCUCAUCUUUUUCCUUUUUAUCGGUGUGGUGCUCUUCUCGUCGGCGGUGUACUUUGCGGAGGUGGGCAAGCACAACAGCCAGUUCAAAUCGAUACCGGACGCGUUCUGGUGGGCGGUGGUCACGAUGACGACCGUGGGCUACGGGGACAUGAGGCCCGUGGGAGUCUGGGGGAAAAUCGUGGGUUCCCUUUGUGCGAUCGCGGGUGUCUUGACGAUCGCGUUACCCGUCCCCGUCAUCGUCUCCAACUUCAACUACUUCUAUCACCGUGAGACUGACCAGGAAGAGAUGCAGUCACAAAACUUCAAUCACGUGACUAGCUGUCCGUAUCUCCCUGGCACGCUAGGUCAGCAUAUGAAGAAGAGCUCGAUGUCGGAGUCGUCGUCGGAUAUAAUGGAGCUGGAAGAAGGCAUUCUGCUGACGCAUCCAGAAAUAACGAAGAAGCCCAACUGCAACCCUCGCCACAAUAAUAAUAUUAAUCCAGCCUGCAUGAGCAUCGAGACUGACGUCUGACUACUAGUGAAGGAGACGGUGGCAGCGUGGUGGCCGGUGUUGGGACAGUUGUCAAAGAGCAGCUGUAACUCCCUACGGUGCCUAACGUAGACCUCCUUCAUACACACACACAAAAAAAAAAAAAACAAAAAUCCGUCGUGUCGCGCGCAUGCGCGCAGGCGAACACGCGGACGUGUUGCGCAGCGCGCGUGGCGCGCUCGACGUUCGGUCGUGCGCACGCGCGUGCGGUCCGUGUCCAGUCUGUCAAUACGAGGGGUGCUUCCAGUCCAAUUGCCAUUGAGAAGAGAAACGAAAGAAUAAAACGAUAAAUGUAAAGGAAAUAGGAAGAAGAUAAGAGGUGAAUGAAGAGCAAAAAAGAAAAGAAAAGAAAAGAAAGGAGACGAGACCAGACACGACGAGACGAAACGAAACGAAACGGAAAGAGAAAAGAAGAGGAGAUACGAAACGAAAGGAGAGACGAGACGAGAGGAGACGAGAAGAGAAGAGGAGCGGAGAGGAGCGGAGAGGAGAGAAGAGGAGAACGGAUCAAGGAUCAAGGAUCAAGGAUCAAGGAAUCGUUUGACGACCGAUCGGUACGACAGCGAGCGGCUUCUUCUUCCGUGCGAAGCGAAGUGUGGAAGACGACGACGUGUUCAGGGUAAGAAGAGGAGGACGCUGAGAUAGUGUACAUCAUCGUCUGAGAAUUUAAGAGGAAAAAAGUACGGAGGGAAGAGGGGAGGAAAUUUUGCGUGGUGAAAUAUAGAAAGAAAGGAGAUAGACAGAUAAGAUAAAUAGGCGAGAAUAGAUAAGGAUAGAGAGAGUUGUCUGUGUCCGUGAAUGAAUGUAUGAAUGUAUACGUGAGAGAGAGAGAGAGAGAGAGAGAGAGAGAGAGGGAGAGAGAGAGAGAGUGACAGAGGGAGAGAUAGAGAGGGAGAGAAAGAGAAAGACAGCCGCUUAAAAAGUGUCACGUAACUCGUCAUCAGGCACGUCGGACGAAAGCAUUCCUCGCGCGUGAAUCCACCCCUCACACCACCGACUCCAGUGUUCAAAAUAAAAAAAAAAAGAAAAAAAGAAAAAAAAGAAGGAAGGAAAGAUAAAAGGAAUUAUAACGAGGGAGAGAAAAGACAUAGAUAAGAGAACGAAAGGCGACGGAAAAGGACCGUUAGAACACAAAAUUUUCUUGCCUGCCUAUCCUUUUUCCCCCUUCGAGCGUCUCCGCCAAAACAGCGUCCGAUGAUAUAUGGGGAGAGGCACGGAGAGGGGUAGGAGGACGGCUACGGACCACGGGAAUUAUAUCGAAUAAAUGCUAAUUGAUUAUUGUCGAAUAUAAUAAUUAAUUGGCCGAUUUGACGCAUGGCCGAGGUACGUUAAAAUACGUUUUAUCGAUUAAGUAAGGGUGGACUGGCUAAACGGAGAUUCGAGUGCGGCUGUGGAAAGAGAGGACGUAAAAGGGAGAAAGAAAGUUUGAGUGAAUGAAAGAAAAGGAUAAAAGAGGAAAGAAAGAGGGGGAGAGAAAGAGUGGGAGGGAAAGAGAGAGAGAGAAAGAAUUAAUCGUAGAUUCGACAAGGAAAAAGAAAAAGAAAAAAAGAAAAAACGGGCAAAAUAAUUCUAGGGGCAGUGUGUCUAGCGGUGGAAAAACCGUUUUACUCGUUUCUCCUUAUUUUUUAUUGAGAGUGACAAAUUCGAAGUACAAGUUCUUCGGGUAUAUCGAUUCGAUUAAUCGCGAUAAAACGUUCCGAAUGUAAUUUCGUUUCUUCGACGGCGAUACUGCAUACGUUCGUUCAUCCAUAAUAGAUUAAUAUAAAACAUAGUAAACGAUCGCAGACGUCGAAAACUAUAUGACUAAUUAACGUUUACGAAUGUGACACGUGAUACGAAACGUCUUAAAAAAAAAGAAUCGUAUGCAGUAUUGCAACGCGUUACCGAGUCCGAUCGGUGAUAUUAUUUGGUACGUGCGUAUCACAGAUCGAACGUCGUUCGACUAACUUUUAGACAAGUAAAUGGAACAAGACCGUGUGUCGAAAUUAUCUCGAAUGUAUGUAUUUUUGGUAUACCAAAAUCGACGAAUCGAUGCUUUCCAAAUUUCCGAUUGAAAUGCGUCUAGCAUAAUCGUUAAGACGUUGCUUCGUCGUAAGGAAUAUAUAAAAAGAAAAAAAAGAACAAAAGUGAUAACGAAUAAACGAACAAAGAAAAUACAAACGAAGGAAGGAAAAAGAAAAUAAAAGAAAUUAGCAAGGGGACGUUGUAAAAAGGGAAAAGAAGGAAAAGAGAGAGGAAAGAAGAAAAACAAACGAGAUAUUACUCUUGUUCGUGCGUGAGUCCCUAAUCGUUCGAUAUUUAUGCUAAAUCCAUAUUUAGAUAAUUAAGCGAUGGGAGAUCCACGGCAAAACGAUUUCGAUGAACCGAAAAAAAAAGCGAGCAAGAAUAAAGACGGGAGGGGAAUGAAGGAAUCCUACGAAAAAAAGGAAAAUGAAAAAAAAAUAAUACACGAUGCAAAGAAACGACGUUAUCUUCGACGUUUCGCUCUACUUUUUACGGCUCGAAAAAGGAAGUAACGUCGUGGAAUCGCGAUGACUGCCAUUUUACGAUUAUCCCGCGUAGAUCGUCCGAAUUCAGCCAAUCUCCGAUUACAGAUUACGAUGAUAACUAAGUAGUCCUAUUUUAAAUCCGGAUCCGCAUUUGCAACUCGUAUACCCUCGCGAGCUCUAUUUGCCUUCAUAAGAAAAAAAAAAAAAAAUUCAACGCCGGUACUAUCGAGCGGUCUGCCGUGACGUUUCACGCGCGCAAACUGCCAAAAACGAGACGAUAUCGAGAGACAGAAAGAGAGAGGGUCUAGGCACGAAGAAAAUUAUAAAAAGGAUAGGAAAGAGAACAGAGAUCCAAAGGGUGGAUCUGUUAUUUAGGGAAAAGUGUAACGUUGUUGAAAUUAACGAAUAAAGGAUUAAGAUUUGCAAGGAAAAGGAACGUGACACACAGUGUAUAUUGCAGGUGACACGUUCGAUUAGGGCAUACGAGAUUAAUAGUCGCGUUUCGAUUCCACGGAAAUCAUCGUACGAAUUUAAUUAAAAAAUUUAUUCGUACAUAACCGGAGGACUUUUUUCCGUCCUCGUGAUAUUUAGAAAACGAAGGAACGAACGAACGAACGAACGUACAAGCGAACGAAGCAAAAUAAAACAAAAAGAAUAAAAAUAAAACGAAAGGUCAGAUUUCGGUGGAUCAGAACGUGACUCGAGCAUCCCGCGCAUCGAUUCGAUGUCGAUGAGGAAGAGGAAGUCUGAAAAUUCCCAAAAAACAUUAGACCUACUUACCAGGCGAUUUAGCGGUUUAUCAAUUGUAGAUCCUUAGGAUUGAAUUGUAUUCGAGAGAUAUUCGAUCUUUCAUUAGACGAAGAAAGAUAUAGUACGCAUUUAUUCUUGGCGUUUAUCGAGGGAACGACGAAGGUGAGAAUGAAAAAGAGAGAAAGAGAUAAAAAAGAGAGAAAGGGAGAUAAAGAGAGAAUGAGGGAGAGUGUAAGAACGAGAAUGAAAUUACAUACUGUAAUGUAUGAGAGUGACAAGGAAAAAAGAGUGCACGAGUGGAUGAGAAUGAGAGAGAGAGAGAGAGAGAGAGAGAAAGAGAGAGAGAGAGAAAGAUGAACAAAUGAAGAAAAUAAGAACGAGAGCUAUAUAUAAACAGAUGUUUUAAGUUACGCGCUUUUAUUACGAUACUUGAACUUCUCGCCUCGCUGAUUUAGUCAAAACGAACAAAAAGUAUGAAACGCAUCAAACUAACAGCCUAGCUAAAACGCGAGAGAAAACGUGCUACGAAGGAUAUAAAUUUAUAAAUACUAAAUACCGUUAUCACAAACACUAUUACUAUUACUACUAUACUAUUACUACUAUUAUUAAUAUUACAACUAUUACUAUUAUUUAACACUAUUACUACUACUACUACUACUACUACUACUACUACUACUAUUACUACUACUACUACUAUUACUACUACUACUACUACUACUACUACUACUACUACUACACUACUACUACUACUACUACUACUACUACUACUACUACUACUACUACUACUACUACUACUACUACUACUACUACUACUACUACUACUACUACUACUACUACUACUACUACUACUACUACUACUACUACUACUACUACUACUACUACUACUACUACUACUACUACUACUACUACUACUACUACUACUACUACUACUACUACUA